ACGGGGAAAAAUAAGCUCAUCGGCGUGUAAUGUCGAAGCUGAAGCUUCGUCGGAGGAGCCUGCCGACGCAGCUUGUGACGCUUGUGGCGUCGAGCUCGUGCGUAACGUGUGCUGUGCUGCAGCACAGCAGUUAGCGUUCACACGUUCGUAAAAGGCGUCGUAAAUGGAACGAUCGGAGGGUCUUUGAUGUGCCAACGCAUAUUGUCAUUGCCUUCUGAUAAGCGCGUUCCUCGACGAGGAAGUCCGCACCAAGAGGGAUUAUCAAAGCGGCGAAUGUUCGUUGGAUUACUCGGGUUAGAUGAACGCGAGCGAUUUGCUACUUCUUACUUCUUAUUUCAAGCGGCGAUGGCGAACUUUAUCAAUUCGACGGCGAGUCUCAUCAACGAUGCAUACGACUACUACCUCUGGACGCUGUCUCUCGCAGAUGAGAGGACGAGGGGAUGGUUAUUGGUUGACUCGCCCAAACCAACGUUAAUGUACACGAUACUGUACCUCCUAAUUGUUUGGGCGGGUCCUAAGGCGAUGAAGAAGCGGAAAGCUUUCAAAUUAACAUGGGCACUGGUGCCCUAUAACCUUGCCAUGGCCUGUCUUAAUGCUUACAUUGCCAUUCAGUUGUUUCUAGCUUCUACGAGAUUACGAUAUAGUUACGUAUGCCAGCCAAUAAGGCACAUUACACGUCCCGACGAACUUCAGAUUGCUCACGCGGUUUGGUGGUACUACUUCAGCAAACUUCUGGAAUUUUGCGACACAUUCUUCUUCAUUCUACGGAAGAAGGACAAUCAGUUGAGCUUCCUCCAUGUCUACCACCAUUCCACCAUGUUUUCCUUAUGGUGGAUCGGUAUCAAAUGGGUACCGAGUGGAUCCACUUUCCUGCCUGCGAUGGUAAACAGCUCCAUCCACGUGCUGAUGUACUCGUACUACGGACUCGCCGCGUUAGGCCCUUCGGUGACCAAGUACCUCUGGUGGAAGAAGUACUUGACGAUUCUCCAGCUCAUCCAGUUCACCACUGCCUUAAUUUUGGGCAUCAACGGCAUUCGAUCGGGAUGUGAUUUCCCUCUCUGGAUGCAAUACGCUCUUGUAAUCUACAUGCUCUCCUUCAUCGUCCUGUUUGGAAACUUCUACGCCAAAGCUUACAUUGCAAAGGGUAAACAAGUGUACGCGGAGAAGCGGCUGGAGAGGUUAAAGGCUGCCGCCGCGGCAGCUGCGUCAGCGAGUACGAGCAGCGCGCUCAGCAAUGGAAUUGUCACAAACGGGCACACGAACGGUUACACGAACGGGGUGUCCAAGAAGAAGACUCAAUGAGGCUCUUCCCGGCUUUCUUCGAUGUCGACGUUAGUCCGAUACAGACGACCCUCGCGCGACGCAGGACAAGAGGAACAUAGUCACGGACAUUAGUAACAGACACACAUGUCAUGUUGCCGUCAAAGUUUGCGUCGCGAUCGACGGCGACGAAAAUCGAGGGAGUAGUUCACCGUGAAGCGAGGCAAAAGCACGAGAAGAAGGAAGCGAAAGGGCGAAAGGAAAAGAGAUGGAAGCAAUAGCAACAACGGGAACGUGGAAUAGACUUCGUUUAGGUCGCCCGAUGUACAUUCAUCUACGAAACGAUCUGAAAGCUAAGGCUUCAAUCUUCAUUCGGACUUCGCACUAUCCGGUCACCCGAUUGUCCAGACGGCGAAUAAAUAUGCAACGAGAGAUUUCAAGUUUAGACGCAAAGGACAGCUAUAUUUCUCCUCAACCGCCCACUGCUAUGCUGUUUAACUUCCUCCGAUGGGGAUCAAGAUAGACAAAGAUCGAGUGCUCGUGACACAGGCAAUCUCUAUUUCUAAUAUAAUCUUCGUGGCUUUUUGUGAAGCGCUCAAUCUGUGACUAUUUUUAUGGAUAAAAGUGCUUCCAAAAGUGGUCCACAAGCUUAGCUAUCAGCCACUUUUAGAGCUACUUUUAUCGAUAAAAGGAUAUUCAGUGUACCGUUCUAUGUGUAUGAGUAAAUGUUUAAAAUCCUAUAUUCGGGUAAUCCGGGGAACAGUUGAAGUAUCGAGUCCGGAUUUAUGUUCGUAGUAGGAUCGGCCUCUACCAGAAACAUUCGAGACGAUUUGGAUCGCUCUGAAGAAACAAAAUUGGACAAUCAAGAAAUCGACAUUUUUUAACUACAACUCAACUUGGAUUUCAUCCAAAAUGAUUAUGUUCACUUUUGUACUUGAAUAAUAAUUAUUUCGGGUGAUUUUCUUAUAUCAAAUUGAUCCGUUUUUGUAUUUAUCUACUUUUUCUAUAUAAUUGGGAUCAGAAUUUGGCUGUAGAUUCGAAUUUCUUGUCUAUACAGUUUGAACUUGGAUUAUCCGGAUUAUUCGAAUAACACGGUUUUGAGACUUCCGAUCGAAACCGAUUUCGGGUACUCAGACAGUUAGAUAUUCGAAUACUAGCUCUAAUUUGAACACAUUUUCUUGCGACAGCUAGCAGCGAGUCAAAUGGUCACAAUUGCGAGCCACUUGUGGUGAUCGGUUAUGACAAAAGUCGAAUGACGGUGGACGAUGUAAAUAGUGGUCCUUUAUUUUAUACUCUUACUCGAUAGAUAAGAAUAAAAUAAAGAUACGUUUUUCUCGAAUUCUCCGUUGCAGCUGUGACGUUGGAUUGUGAUAUCGUCACAUUGACGAUAUCACUAAACUGCAUUCGGCAAACGCGACGGUCGAGUGAUCGGUUUUUGGAGUGUAGAUAUGAUUGGUAGAUCUCAGAGCAUACACUAAUCACAAAUCACGUCGAGUCUUACUCGACGGUUGCACAACCGCUGUGUUCGCCAAGCGCAACCGUCGUCAUCGGGAUUGGUCCGAAAGUUACUUCUGAGAAGCAAGAAAGCUUAUUCAUUAUUCGUCGAUAAAAAGUAACUCGUUGCCGGUACCGUUAUUCAAGAAGUAAAGAGUCGUCGCGAUUUUCGUUAUCUUUUGUUCACCGAGUUUUGAGGAUCUUUUUUGAGAAUUCGUUUCUCUCUGUUCAUUCUGUGCGUAAAGUAACGACAAAAGUAACGAUGGUACUCGUUACCGUUAACACCAAAAAAUGUAACUGCGUUACCGUUAUCGUUACCAAUGAGAGAAAAGGGAACACCGUCGUUACCGAGUCGUUACCGGAGGAAAGCAAUUCGUAACGGUAACGGCGUUUGCAAGCGACGAGUUAUUUCUCAGCCCUGAUUGUCACUUCGGCUCCUGUCACAACGAACUGCCACGCGAACUCGUGAAUGCUGGCUCGCAAUCGUGACCACUUGACGCGCUUCUGGCUUCGUCAUAAGAAGAAAAUGUGUUCCAACCGUUUCGUAAACGAGUGUACACGUCGGAUUUGCGCUCGCUGAGGCGAAUCGCGACCAUCGCGCUCGAUAUCGGGAUGACGCGAGCGAUCCGAGGCGGAGAAAGAGGAUCGCGAGCGUUAAUCCCAAGCUUAUCGAUCCGCGUCUCACCCUCUUGUCGGUUCCAGCGAUUGUACGUCACCACGCUGAUCCCAGCGACUGUACAUAUUAACGAAUAUACAGUGGAAGGUAGUUUAGGUUCGGAUACGUUUCGUAGUGAAUAGCGCGUUCGCAGGACGUCCGGUCUGUGAAUUUCGGGCUUCGCAGCGGAAAUCUCCGCGACCGACCAAUUUAGCGAGCAAAUUUUGCACUGAAUCCCGUUUUAUACGAAACCCCGUUCCGCCAAUUUUACUCCAGCAAUGAUAUCACCCGAGAUUUCGUAAGCUAAGAAAUUGAAAGAGAAAAAUAGACUUCUCUGAAAAAAAAGAAAAGUGAACUCUGCGGAACGAAGCCCGAAAUACCUGAGAAACGAUCCUGCGAUCCUGUUUACCGACCCAAGUUGGUCGGACGGACGGACGGACGGAUGCGGAGUCAAAUUUCCAAUCGGAAUUGCUUUAUCGCCGCAAGCAUGAAACGGCCCGCUCUCGAGAUCCAAUCGCGACACGUCUGGCAACGUUAAACAAUUCGUAAUAACAAGAUACGCUUCUCUGCUGCUGUGCGUGCGCUCGCAGGAUCGGCUCGGUUAAGUCUUGCGCGAGCGCGAGAUCAUCAGGUACUUUCUAAGUGUCUCGGAGCGAAGUUUCACUCGAAAAGUAGAGUGACCAGCGAGUCCUUCGAAUUCGAGCGAUUCUCCAUUCACACGGAAUGAAUUCCCCGCUUUGAGUCGACGAGCGAGUAUCCUCGGCCGGAAUCCAAGAGUGAAUCUGACGUGCUCCAUUGUGCAGUGGGAACACCUUCACUGUAAUCGAUUGAAACAUUCGCUCGUACGAAGUCAAAAUCCGUUCUGAGCUUCAAUGGAACACGUUCACUCUCGCGCUCUCGCGAUCUCAAGUGGCGGAAUUACCACUUGUAUACUGCCACUUUCCACUCUCGUUCUCAGUGGAGCUCCACUUCGAGAAAUUUAGCGAGCGCGGAUGAUACGAGCGAGCGAUUCCGCGUAAGAGUCACAAGCGCAAGCAACCUAUGUAUGAUUAUUUUUCGAUUGGUUUGCUCACACGGUGACGAGAGAUCCCGCGAUGCACCGAAGCGUAUGUAUGUGCGUGUGCGUGUGGUGUGUGGUUCGCGUGUGCAUACUUAUGUUAAACGGUUACGCACAUUCGAAUAUCAUCGACAGAUCUCUAUUAGUUUUCAAACGAUGUACGUAAACGGGAAAGGAAAUUAGGCAAAUGAAGUAUCGAUCAGUUAGACAGAGGUUUUGAUACAGACACUUUUCUAUAACAAGUAGUUCACGUGUGUACGGGCGACGCGCAGAAACACGUAGAACGUCUUCGUCGCGAUGAGUGAGAGAGAGAGAGAGAGAGAGAGAGAGAGAGAGAGAGAGAGCUAGUUAACGAGCGAAAUGAAACGAUAAUGGCAACACGAGGGUCUUGCAGAGAACAAGACAGGCGUCCGUCUUGAUCAUUCCGCAACGCACAAGCGCAAGGGUUUUAUCCGGCGUUGUGAGUCGCAUUUUUACUCGAAAAUCGAAAGAGACAGUAACCAGCCCGUAGAAAUCACAAAAUGACCAUUCGCGACGACGAGUCCCGGUCGCGAUUAUCCGGUCGAAUCCGAAGGGGUUUCCUCCUAAUAUAUCUUUAAAACUUCUAUAAGUAAUUAUGUUUUUAUUGUUAAUAUGUUUAUUAUUAUCACGUUGGAAACGGGCGAUACGAUUGUUACAACAAACAGGCGUUGCUGAGCAACGCCCGCGAGGAAAAAGGGGAGGGAUGAACGAAUGAAAGAGAACGAAAGUAUGAAAGAAAUGCAUUACGUCAAUUACUAACGAUCUUUGCAUUCCAUUAUCCUUUUAGUGCCGAGUCUUUUGUCGCGUUGAUUUGCGAGGACCUUUGUAAUCGUGCGUUGAACGUUGUAUCUUAAUUUUAUUCGAUUGUUAUUUAUUUGUAUACGCGCUUUCUCCGAGCAGUACGACAACCGCGUUAGUUUACACAGGCAGUUAAUAA